CGAUCGAACUUUAGUUGUCUUGUGUUUUUUUUUUCGUGUUGUGCAAUUUAAUUUAUUAGUGUUUAUUAAUGUAUAAAAGAAACAAUAUGUUGAGAGAGAAAAGGAAACAUGCCAAUUACAAGCCAAAUCGAAGGCUCGAUGCAAAGUCUUCACGUGGUAUGAUAUAUGAAAAUGAAGAAUUGCGAAUACGUACAAUAAAUAUAAACGCCGAGGUAGAAAGAGGUCAAUCUGAAAUUAAAACUUUAAAACGAGAAAGGGAGCAGCUGCGUCGUGAGAUAUGGACAUUACGGGAUGAAUAUGAUAAAUUAGAGAAUUUACUUCGCAUUGACCCUGAUGAAUUCUUGAACCAGAAUAAAACUGAGAACGGUGAUGAUGAUGAUCAAGAUGAAGAUGAAAACGCAUCUGAUUGUAGUGAAUGUUCAUGUGAAAUUUGUUGUGGAGAUGAAUGUUGUGAUGAGAAAACACAAAGUAGUCAGAAACCAGAAACGAAUGAUGAUACUUCAAGUGAACACUCGAAAGUCGAAGCUGGAACAUCAUCAACAUCUACAAAAGUGGAAGUUCCACAAUCAAGUAGCAGUAGUAAUAAAAGUUCGUCAGAUGAACAUAAUAAGCGUUCUGGGAAAGACCGACUGAACUUAAACUUUGAUCAUCUCUCAGUUGUUUCUGAAGAGGGCAAUUCAGAGGGUAAUUCAAUGAUCCAAAAUGAAGACAGUUCCAUUCCAAUUCAUGAUUUAUCAGCAUUUCUACACAGUGUUGAUGUGUUAAGUCCUUUAAGCUAUCUUCAAAAACUCAAUCCACCAUUAGCACAUUUUGAGAAUCUGAAUUUUGAUGAAUUCGGUGCAUCAAGUCAAGAAUUAAACUAUGAUCAAGUAGGAAAUUCUGGAAUCUCUAUAGAAGAUGUCACACCACAAACAGUUGAACAAAGUCCUUCAAUUUCCAAAUUUAAUAUGCCGAAUGCUGUCGUUGUACCUCCACCUAUAGUGGAACAACCCACAACAAGCGAACCUGUGAAAAAGGAGUCACGUCUCAAACAUUUCUUCUCACCCAUUAGAAAAAAGCCGAUCGUUCCUUCAGCACCACCAAUGAUUUCUCAUCCUGAUGUUUUCGUUAGUAAUAUUAUUCCAAAUAAUAUGUACAUUAAUCCGACAUUACAGUUGCACAAUAGUUUACCUGACAACACAGUUAAAUUACGAAGCGUACCACACUCAUUGGAAACAACAAGUCCAACGUCUUCCUUUCAAACUGGAGGAAAUUUGGAAGAAUUACUUUACGAUAUUGAAGCUCUAUCUAAGGAUAUUAUGAAUUUACAGACACAAUGUUCAAGUUCAACAAAUGAUAAUGAAAAUGUUAAGAAACCUUUUCGAUCUGAGUUAAAUUUAGUUCUUUCAUAUCCACAGGGUGAAGGAAACUCUCAAGAUAUGAAUAAUUCUGACAACACACCACCAAUUCCGACACCUAUGGAUAUCAUUCAUCCUUUAUCUCAUACCAAUCCUCUUUUACUUCAAAAUCUACCAUCCCCUUUCCCGUCUCCUAUUCCUUCAUCACCAUUAACCCCACCAACACAUUUCAAGACAAAUAACACAAAUAUAUUUGAAGAUCCACCAGACUACAUUCAUUUAAACUUUCCACCAAUUAAUUCUUCACUGCCACCAGUCUUCUCCACAUCAAAUUCUGUCUUUUGUACAGUUUCCGCUCCAUCAACUCCAGCUUCCGAUCGUAAAUGUAUAGAUAAGUUUUGUGCCAAUGAACCAAGCAAUGAUAAUCAGCAACAACGUGGAAGUGAUAAGAAGAAAGGAAAGAGAGUUUCAAUUGUUAAUGCAUCGAAAGAAGAUGGUAGUGAGAAAGGCUCUGAAGGUCAGGAAGUGAACAACAAUGAGAGUAAAGAAGCUGAUUUGAAAAAUCACAGUCAUUUACAUCAAAAACGUCGCAUGUCGUUGGAUAAUAAUGUCAUUUGUCACGAUCCAAAUGCAAAAGUUCAACGAAGAGAAUCAAACAGAUCGUCAAGUUCAUUCAAGAAAAGAUCGCGUUCUGAUAGUUUUGGUGGUCAUGGUGAUGAUCAAGGUGGAACUUCAGUUUCUGAAAGAUACAGCAAUAGUCUUGCAUCAUCAAGAGAAUCAUCAACAAGUUUGAGUGUGAAAUCAGGAAAACGGAGAAUUUCCAUUACAUCUUAUGGCGAGUCAAAAAAGAUUCCUUGGUGUGGAUGUUGGGGAAAUUCUUGCUUAUAA